AUGUACAUUGUUGAAGCAAUUGAUCAUUUUGCAAGUACAAUUGGGAAACUAUUAUAUAUGGUCCCAAUAACUGAAAGAGGAGAGCACUUGUUCUUUGCUAGAAUUAGCAUUGAAGUGCAUCCUAGGAGUGUUCUUUCAAUGAAAAUGGCAGUUAUUGACAGAAAAGGAAAGCACAAUGUCAUGGAGAUCUAUUAUGAAUGGAAAUCAAAGAGCGACGGAGGCGGCGACUACGGCGACGGAGGCGGCGGUCCUUAUGCAGAUACAGAUUUAUGUCAGGAUGUUGGGUUGUGGUUAGAAGAGAUAAAUCUGGGAAGUUAUCGUCAAAUAUUCAAAGAAAUUGGUGUAAAUGGGGAAUACUUAGAAAGCAUGUCAAUGUUCACGAUAGAACAGAUACUUAGGUUUAUAAGACGAUGUCACAUGAAAUGGGGUGACUUUAUAACCCUUUACAAGGAACUGAGGCGAAUUAAAGUGGCUUGUUUGAAAGGAGAACAAAGGGUACGAAGGACAUGGUGGGCACCUCCUUGUUUGGUGGUUGUUUUCGUCAAGUCUGCGAAGAGUAAUCGGCAAGCCAGAGUUGUGUUGUUGAAGCUUGAACCUUAA